GUCUUGAAGUAAAGAGGGACUGUGGAGCUCUGUCAACGAGGUUCACUGCUGUGGAUACGAGGAACGCUGCGCUGGAUUCGGACGCAAAAUGAUGUGACCAGGCUGCUAGGACCACUUUUCUAAACUUUGCUGCUAUUCGUAUUGCUUUCCCGCGAAAGGAAAAUAUACAGACUCCUGUCGAGCAAAACUCCUACGGGUGCCUAUUUGAGUCUGGCGGCGAAAAGCUCCUGCAGCCCCGAAGAGAGCCUGCCCCGACCGCGAUAGACCGGACACCGGGCUAGUAUAUCUGUGUUCGCACCGUGCAAUUUUUAGUGUCAGUGUGAGAGAACUGUACAAUACCACCAGCCAUGACUAUGGAAGAACUGCAGCAGAAGUACCGGUCCUGCGCCAAAGAGCUUCGCCUGUUUCACGGCGAACUCAUCUCAAACGAGAAAAACGUGAAACGCCUCGGUCGAGACAUCGCAGAGAACGAGACCCAACUGGAAGCCUUCCACCAAGAGAUCCGAAAAUCCGAGGAAGAGCUCAACAAAUUCCACCAGGAACUCAGAGACAAGGAACGGAAAAUCCUCGAAGGCUUCUACAAAGACUUAAAGAAAGACGGGAAAAGGACAGACCUUGAAGAAGACGACGGCUGGCUAAAGCCUCGCUACUUCAAAUCGCCCGCUCCUGCAGAAAAACGUGAAAAAAGCAACGUUGAAGAGGAGUAUAGAAACAAAUACUUAGAAGACUCCCGCUUGGUGAUUAAACGUAAGGAUCACUAUAUAGAGGAGGCUCAGAAACUUCUGGACGAAAAGGAUAAAUAUAUCGACCAGUCUCGGGCCUUGGCCAGACAGAAGGACAUCUACAUUAAAGACUUCCGUAAGCUUGGAGAGACGAAGGACAGGUACAUCCAGGAGUCGAAGCGGGUAGAAGAGGAGAGAGACAAGUGGUUGGCACAGAUCAAGCAGCUAAUGGAAGACACAGAGAACUGCGUGAAGGAACUGACCGGGACACGGGACAACAUGACCAGGGAACUGGACAACAUCAAGGAGGAAAGAGCGAAGAUGCUGGGUGCCCUGGAUACUUACGAGUUCGAAUCGCAGAGGUACGCCAAGGAAAAGGAGCGACUUCGAGACGAACUGCAGCAGACCAAGUUAGAAAAGGACAGGAUCACAAAAGAAAAGGACAAGUACGUGUUUGAAGACUACAAGGGCCGGGAGCGGACCGCCAAGCUGAGGGAGGAGCUACACGGGAUCAAACAGGAGAAACAGAUGCUGGACAGGACAGUGCGCAUGCUCAAGGAACGUACCGAGAAGUACGAGGAGCGCAUGCGCAGACAGGACAAGCAUAUCCACGACCUGAGCAGCCAUAUCCGGACCCUGACUCACGAGACGGAGAAGAAAACUAGACUCAUGGAGUCAGAGAAGGAGGAGCUACAGAAGGAGAAGAAGAAACUAGAAAAAUCUCACACCAAAUCUGAGGAGAAACUGAAGAGGAAGAUCCAGGAGAUGUCAGCCACGGUAGACAAGAAGGACCGAGAGAUCAGCAUCCUGGUGAAGAAGCUCAACACGCAGGCCAAACAGAUAGAAAUCACGCAGAUCCAGCUGCACCAGAAGAAGACAGGCAAGGCGGCUGCGGGGGACAGUUGAU